AUGUCCACCGCAGUCAACAGUAGUCACGAUUCCCUUCAAAACCACCUUCACCCCGCAGACCUCUAUUUGCAAUCUUACGAUUCGCUGUACCACACCAAUCCUCAUUCCUACUCUCCGCAGUCGUCCCUAGAAUCACAAUUCAACCCAUCCGGUGAUGAGUUCACUGGCCUCGAAUCCUGGGACACUUGGGCUACGCUCGAUGCCGGUUAUUAUCAGCCAUCGAUAGCCAGUUCGACUUCUCUCUAUCCGACACCUGUUAUAGAUUCACUGCCUACUCCUGUCAAUAAUGAUCUCACUUCGAUCCUGGAACUUCAUGACUCUCAAGAAUUCCUCCAAUCCCUUGAUGCCGGUCUAACAUGUCCUGAAGAUUACUGCCCUGAGCCCGCCACCACUUUGCCGCCUCCACCUGCAACCAUGACAUCGUCUCCCAGCUCAUCGUCUCCUUCCAGCGACUCUCUCCCUACUCCAUCAGUUUCUGGCCCUGCAAAAUCCACAAGCGCCUCUCGCAUUGAGAAGCGCCAGCAGAACACACUGGCUGCUCGCCGAUAUCGACAAAGGCGAGUGGAUCAGUUGAAGAGUUUGGAAGAGGAGCUGCGCAAGGUGAAAGAGGAGCGUGAUGCACUAAAGAUGCGCGUCUCUAAGUUGGAAGGUGAAACGGAAGCCCUAAGAUGUCUUGUCGGGCGGGAAAAGAAAUAG